AUGGAGAGAAGACAGGGUAGAGGAAGCAUAGACGAGUUAGCCAUGGUUAAAGCAGCUGCCUGGUCAUGGUACCAGCGCGGAUCCGGGUCUGGCCGGGAAAGGCCGGAGAGAGAAUACUGCUCCUUCUCGAGGACUCGUCGAUGCCCUAGACCUUCUAGAUACAAGUUGGAAGCCAUGAACUACGACUACUCAUCGGCGGCUAGCCCUAGCCGGAGCGAGGUUCGUUCUAAUUCCCAUCUGUUGGAUGCGUACGAGAUUGAGAGAAUUUCAAGGCAGCUGGACAGUUACAAGGAGGGUCGAAACUUGGAAGAAAAUAAUGGGUUUCUUGGCUACGGUGAACCAAGAGCAAGUGACGUGAAGACGAAGACGGAGAAGAAGCAAAGGAGCAAGAGAAAAUCAGGGUUUUGGAAAGGGCAUGCAGUUGCGGUUUGUGGGUCAAGGAUUAAUGAUGUGGUGGAGAUCAGAAGAGAUCUCAGCGCCGGCCGGCCGCCGGAGAAGCACGUGGGGGUGGUUUGCGUGGCCAACUGCAGGCCUCGAACGGUCAUCCACCGCCAUGGGUUGUGA